CACUGACUGUCAGAUGUCAGUGGGAUCGGAAGUAGUGAAGUUUUAGGUUAAUACUUAUUUCAAUACGAGAAAAGGAAUAAUAAUUAUAUUAUUGCUUAUUUUAUUUAUUUAGCUUGCUCGAAUAAGUAUUUACGUAAGAUGGCCACCAUAUCAGCGGCGCCAGCUCCAGGCAUGCAACAAAUAGAUUUAUCCAAGUUGAAUCUUCAUCAGUUGGCUCAAUUAAAACAACAGCUUGACCAGGAACUUAAUGUAUUUCAAGAUUCACUUCAGACUCUGAAAAUAGCGCAAGGUAAAUUUGUGGAAUCUGGCGAAAGUGUAGAAAAAAUUACACCUCAAACCAAGGGAAAGACAGUGCUAGUGCCACUUACAGGAUCUAUGUAUGUUCCUGGGACGAUAAUAGACACAGAUAAUGUUAUCAUUGAUAUUGGUACAGGAUAUUACGCCCAGAAAGAUAUUGAUGGUGGUAAAGAUUAUUUCAAAAGAAAAGUGGAAUUUGUAACAGAGCAAAUGGAAAAAAUUCAAGCAUUAGCUGUAGAGAAGUCUAAAGCUAGAGAAGCAAUCUGUAUGAUGCUUGAAAUGAAAUUGCAAGCUCAAUCACAAGCACAGAAACCUUCUACAUCAUAACACAAAAUGAUCUCAGUAUUCAUAGAUUUGCUUACUAUUGUUAUAUAUUGGACUGCUAUUAUAAGGUCCAAACUAAUUUAUAAUCAUGAGAUAUCUGAAAUGGCUGGCAUUUGAACUUUUCAUUUAAUUUGAAGGAUCAUAAUUAUAUCAAUGUUUUCUUAUACUCAUGAUUAUCUUUAAACAUUGCACAUUAUAUUGAAAACACCAAAUUGACUAGUGUUACAACAAUGUUAGUGGGCAAAAUAACCUUUGGCUUGGGCGUCCGUGAUAUCAUUCUACUGGAAUUGUUUUAGUUAUUAUUACAACUGAAUACUAAUUUGAUUACCUUUAUGUUAAAAUUCUAAUUUGAAAUGGUGUUGCAUCAUGAAAUGGCUUAUUGAAAUUUGUAAUUGCAUAGCUUCUAUAAAUUUUUUGUUGCAU